AUGUGGCGCGCCAAGGCUACCGAACGGCUGAAACUAAGAGCCGCUGAGAUCGAGGCGGCCAAGAAUAGGGAGGUCACCGAGUGGGGCUUGGCCUCAGCUGGUCCGACCACCGGAGAGGGUGAGGGGACUCAGAUUGUCCCUGAAGCCUUAGCUGCUUCUGCCUCUAUCAGCGAGGCUGCGGGCGAUAUAGAGCCCUCUACUCAAGUCGGGGUAGAGGGCCGCUCGGCCGACGAAGCCCCCCUAGCAGCUCGGAAGCGCGGGCGGCCAGAGCGAAUCUCUCAGCCGACCCCAUCUGAUGAACAACGUUCUGAGCGGGGUGAGGAAGCUCCGGUGAUCUCCGGGACGGUCUCCAUAGAGAGUACCCCCACGCCGCUCGGCUCUCCAAUCGCUACCUCCGAGGUGCUGCCCGCCAGUCCUCCCCAAACCAUGCGUCUCCUUAGACGAUUGGGCGAACGUCCUUCCUCCACCGGCGAGCCAUCUGGUAAAGCAGCUGCGCCCCAGGGUGAUCCGAGCGGCCCGAGGUUGAUAAAAACCGUCCUGCGCCUCCCGUCGGAAGAAUACUUAGCAGCUGCUGAUUGGCCAUCGAACUGGGUGGAGCAGAUUGCCAUCAGCAACCGCCUAGCCGAGCUAGAGGACGAGUUGAAAAAGCUCAAAGCCGUGGGAGAAAGCAGACAAUCAACGACCGCUCUGGAGAAGGCCAAAAAGCUACUGGAGGCCGAACGGGGUAAGUCCUCCGACCUGUCGAGCGAAGUGGCUCGACUCGAGGCUUUAGUCAAGCAGCGGGACAAGGAAAUAAAGACCGCGACCACCCGGAAGCGCAAAGCCAUUGACGACAUGGAUAUGAUGAAGGUAGAGAACCAGGGGCUAGAGCAGCGAGUGAAGGACAUGGACGUCUCAUUGACUGCCGAACGGGAGGGCCGCUCGGCCGACCAGGCUAAAGCGGAGGGGGCUCUGAAAGAUCUUCAAGCUGCCCUUGACGCUUCUAAAGCUAUUCUUAAAGAAUAUCAAGACGGGGAGCCCGAUCGGUCGGCGGAGGCGCGCAAAGCUUUCGUCCGCUCGGAUGAAUUUGGUGAAAAGUUCAGUGACAAGUUGUCCUUAACUUUUGAAGAGGCGAUCAAGGUGGCGGUAGACUAUCUGAAGACCAAGGGCCACAUACCAGCCGAGCUGUCGAUCCCCUCCGAAGAUCUGGCGGUCAUGAUGGGCUCCAUCCUCGAUUCUCUUUUUAAUUUUGAUGAUAGUGAAUGA